GCCGGUGUCCAGGUAUCCCCGCAGCCGGUGUAACGCACAUUAACAAAAAUAUCCUCCCGCCUUUUUGGCACACAAUAACAGAAGCUGACAUUACCCGCUCUGUAUGCACAUCCGCGAAUGUACAUAGAUAGAGGGAGGGCAAGCAACCCUGCUGAAUCUGUGCAGCUCUGAUUUCACGAACGCAACAAGGAGGUCGCUCUCUCUCUUUAGACGGAGCUAAAUGGAACUUCAAGCAAGAUGCGGAGGUCCUUAUAGGAGCUCCCUGAGUGGUCUCCAGCUCAUCUUCACUUGCUCUGCAUUUUGAAAAUCUCUGGGCCCAACAGACCUUCAAGAACUGACUGAGAUUUUGUCAUCAGAUUUUUACAGUUAUAUGGAACAAACUGUGGUACAGUUUUAAUGUCUUACCAGCUGUGUGUCCUUCUCUGGACAGAAUGGAUGCUCUCUUUGAAUCUGGUUGACCGUCUCUCUCCUCGUCCCCUUCCUCCUGUCUACUCAGCAGAAGGAGGGUGGGGGAUAGGUCCCCUACCCCCCCUCGCCGGCUAGGCUAGUCUUCUUUCGGACUGUAGUUGUUUCUCUUUUGCAUUAUCUUGUGCUCACAACAGCUCUAAUCCCUCCAUAGCCUCUAUAUGAAAUCCUGCCAGAGCUUCAAGGAGGAGGUUUCCAUCCCAAGCCUUGGCGGGAUGUCACAGGAGGAGGCACGCAGAACGCCGGUGUCAAAGUCCUAUUUUCACUCUCCUAACCCAGACUUGGACCUGACGGGUAAGGUUCACAGAGGGGACGUAGGUGGAAAGCCUUAUUCUGUUUUGGUAGACAACAAAAUGUCAGCCAAGACACCUGGGACAGAUCAGAACAUGGGCCGGGUGUCUCCUCAGCAUGUGUCUCCACAGCAGCAUCAGCAGUACUUCAGAGAGGGAGCACAGGAUGUGGGGUUGCAGGGGUCUGAAACGGGUAACCAGGGAUCCUCUGAUGACACUGAGGUGGAUGAAGAUGACGACGAUGAGGAGGAGGAGGAUGAAGAGGGCUACAAACGUGAGCAGAUCAUUGUCGAGGUUAAUCUAAACAACCAGACGCUUCAUGUAUCCAAGGGGGACAAGACUGGAACCACAGCAGAUGACUCAGAAAGAGAAGGAAGCGAUGAUGAUGAAGACGAGGAGGAAGAAGAGGAGGAGGAUGAAGAUGAGGAGAGCCAUGAUGAGGAAGAGGAGGAAGAUGAAGAGGAACAAGUAGUCGAGAGUCAAAGAAUUCGUUCGAGAAGAACCAGACAAUGUGUUUCAGCUGCCAGCCAGCCAAAGAGGAAAAGCCUCCGAACGGCUCUGAGCAAGGCCACUGCAGGAAUGACCACCAGGGGGCGUAGGAAGCGCCUGGAGCCUCCAAAGAGCAAGCGCAGGUCAGGCAGGUGUGCUCCCUCCUCAGCAGGUACAGAAACAACGGGUGGGAAGGCGGAGAUGGAGGAGGAGAAGGAGAUGCUGAUGUGUGAGAAGUGUCCCAGGGUGUUCAACACACGCUGGUACCUGGAGAAGCACAUGAACGUCACACACAGACGGAUGCAGAUCUGCGACAAGUGCGGCAAAAAGUUUGUCCUGGAGAGUGAACUGGCACUGCAUCAGCAGACUGACUGUGAGAAGAACAUCCAGUGCAUCUCCUGCAACAAGUCUUUUAAGAAGCUGUGGUCUCUGCAUGAGCACAUUAAGAUUGUUCACGGCUACGCGGAGAAGAAGUUCUCAUGUGAAAUCUGCGAGAAGAAGUUCUACACAAUGGCUCAUGUACGGAAGCACAUGGUUGCUCACACUAAAGACAUGCCUUUCACCUGUGAGACAUGUGGGAAGUCAUUUAAACGCAGCAUGUCAUUAAAAGUGCACUCGCUGCAGCACUCUGGGGAGAAACCCUUCCGCUGUGAGCACUGUGACGAGCGGUUCCAGUACAAGUACCAGCUGCGCUCCCAUAUGAGCAUUCACAUCGGACACAAGCAGUUCAUGUGCCAGUGGUGUGGCAAAGACUUCAACAUGAAACAGUACUUUGACGAGCACAUGAAAACGCACACAGGAGAGAAGCCUUUCAUCUGUGAGAUCUGCGGGAAGAGCUUCACCAGCCGGCCCAACAUGAAACGCCACCGUCGCACCCACACGGGCGAGAAGCCGUAUCCCUGCGAGGUGUGUGGCCAGCGCUUCCGCUUCUCCAACAUGCUCAAAGCUCACAAGGAGAAGUGCUUCCGGGUCACCAGCCCUGUGGUUCUGCAGACUAGUGGAUCCACUGUGCCUGUCCGCCUCUUUGCCAAUGCCUUCUCCUCUCCUGCUUCCUCCUCUUCUUCCCCCACCACUGUCCCUGGGCCCUCAGCGGCGACCCCGGCCACCACCUCAGCCUCUCUGGGCCUCAGCCCGACCGGAGGAUCCAUUCCACAGCAAAGCCCUGUCGGACACACAUUCUCCCAUGUUCAGCUCCAUUCAGCUCCCUCCCAUCAUCAUUCCCAUCCUACAAUAACACAACAGCACCUCUCCAACACACCCCAGCAGGUCCCUCCUCACAGCCACCACCACCUGGUGGUGCCCCCUGUUGCUCACCUCCCCCCUCCCCCAGCUCUUUUCAAGAGUGAGCCCCUAAACCACUGCGGGCAUGAAGACAGCAGCUACCUGCACCACAUGGCCCCCCUUGACAAGGGCCCUGGAGCACCGCAGCACCACUGAACUGUGCGCCUUGUUUGUUGUCUUAAAGUUCUGCCUCAGUUUCUCAAAAUUGCAGAAACUUGAAGCCAAGUCUGCAGAGAGGGCCCAGUGGGAGAACAGCAGCGCCAGUCCCUGUGUGCUUUACACAGGAGGUGGAGAGAUGUUGCUGACAUCAGUGUGAAUUAAAAUAGGAGCAUUCAUGUUCCAUCAGACAAUGGAGGUUUUCUGUAUAGACGUGUUUAGCUUCUGUCCAGCAGUCUAAAAUGAAUCCAGACAUAAACAUUAAAGCUAUAAACUGUUGCACCAUCCGUGCUCACAUGAAGUGAGACAUCACUUUAAAAAACUGCUCACCUGGCAAAGGUUUUACAAUCGCUAGAAAUCAUUCUCAGAUUCUCUCCUUCAGAAAACGAUUCUGUGUGAACAUCUCUCUCCACAUUGAUAGGUGGAAACUCGUUUUUAUCAAAAAGCUGCUGAUGGAACUCAAAAUCCAUAUUACCUGGACUCUAUGGAUCCUCAAAGAUCACUGAACUUUCCUUUUUUUUUUUUUGGUUAAUCUGACUUAAGGUCAUACAUCAGUCAGCUCAUCCCCAUAGCAAUAUUCUACUUAUUCUCCAAACUGUAGUGCAGGAACCUUGUGGGCAAACAGAAAUGUUUAAUGAAUGUUGAAACUGGCUCUACCUGAGCAUUUUUUCCUGGUCAAAGGGCAAUGUUAAAGAGACAGUUUGGACUUUUACUGCGAGGUUCUGGUAGUGGGUCCUUUACCUUUUACUAGACCGAUGUCAUAUUGGUGUAAGGCUAACUGCUGAGAAGACAACUGGCCCAACCCAUAUUUUUUAGCUGAUUUUAACCAAUUAAAACAACUUUAACUGAAAAUGUUCAUUUUGCGAAAGACUGUUUGUUGCAGUUUUCUCCACUGAAAAACUUCCAUUUUACCGUACUAAAUAACGUUAGCUCAGGCUCUCAGGGUGUAUUGGUCUGUCUCUUCAGCUUCGACUCGUCGGUCUGCUCUUAUUCCAAGAACAAAGCAAACAUUUUGAUUUUGUAUCAGGCUGUCAGUUUUACCGAGGCAUCAAACGUUUAGUCGUUUCAAAAAUGAUCUCGGGUGAAGUCAUGAUCAGCUAGCCAGGCGGAUUGAUACAGCUGGCAGUAACGUCGCUUUGUGUAGUAACUCGGAUGUUGUUCGGCUGAGAAAACAGCGGCAGUCCUUCGUGUAGAUGAAGGAUUAUCAGAUCUCUAGUAAAAGGUCUAAAUCUGGUUUCUAGAUGAGGUCAAAGGUGUGUAAUAUCUAGCGAUGAGCAAAUCUCUUAUUUUACUUACUUACAACUUGCAAGCAAAAGAAAUUACACUUUCCUAAUUAUUCCUAAGAUGUAAAUGGUAGUCUGCCUUCAGUGAGCUGCCUACCUAGGGCCCGAUACAUUUUGAUUAAUUUAUUUUUUGAUUCCAUGUUUUACAAACUGAACAGAUUAUUUAACAUUUAAAAGUAUCUGUUUAAUUUGUCAAAUUUCAACAGUUAAAUGAAAAACUUGAUGUUUAUGCAAUAAUCCUUUAAAUCCACCUGCCAGGUAUCUGUAAAUAUUGUGGUAAUAAAAAAAAGUAGCACAGA